CGCGCCCAUCCCCAACACCAACUGCCAUUGUGAACUGACAAUUGACACUUUUCCGCACGAAAGUUUGCAUUUGCCAAGGAAAAUAAGAUGCUGUCGCAAUCCCUGCUGAGUGGCAUGCGUGUCCUGCGCACCGAGGCCCGUCGUAACUUCGGAAUUGUGGCCCCCGCUUUGAGCAAGGCCUCCGAUCCCAUCCAGCAGCUGUUCCUGGACAAAGUGCGCGAGUACAAGCAGAAGAGCUCUGGCGGCAAGCUGGUGGACUCGAAUCCCGAGAUCGAGCGGGAGCUCAAGACCGAACUGGACCGUGUGGCCAAGCAGUACGGCAGCGAUGGCAAGACCGACAUGCUGAAGUUCCCCGAAUUCCAGUUCCCCGAUGUCAAGGUCGACCCCAUCACCCAGGCCGCCCAGUAAAGAUCGAACCUUAGUCUAAUUGCUUUAAAAUCUGCUGCUGAUUUCGUCAACAACAACCAAUAAAAUCGGGAAAACCACAAGCGAUACGUUUGUAAAAGCCAUAAAAA